GUUUAUUUAUACGUUCUUCCGCAUGGCACAAACAAACGCCGAUACUUUCAGCGCAGUGCAAAUCAGUGGAAACGUCCCCUUGCAGAGUUCGUGAAGUUACACAAAAUCGCGUCAUCCAUCUAAUUUCAUCAUCUUGGGUGAAAUUAGUCAUCGUCGAAGGUAGAAAGCCCCAACUGAAGUCAUUCGACAGAAUGUGGCACGAAGUGCAGCUCGCCAAAGAGGAAAACCGCCGGGAGUUGGUUCUCUCGGGGGCUGCCAUCCGGAAGCGAUUCGACGAAAACGAUGGCAACCUGGACGAGACCGUGUACCAGCUGAGUGCCCUCAACCUGCUGGACAUCAACGACACCCCACUGAAGGACAUUUCGCCCAAGAUUGCCCAACUGGAGCAUCUGCAGUCGCUGAUUUUGUUUCGGAAUCAAAUCAGUUCAGUUCCGGGUGAGAUUGGAAAGCUGGCGGCGCUGAAAGUGCUGGAUCUGUCUGGGAAUAGGAUUGAGCAGCUGCCGAGUGAGUUGGGCCAACUGAAGGCCCUGACGACGAUCAAUCUGUCGGGGAACAAGCUCAAGCAGGUGGACCUGAGCCAGCUGGAGUGGCUUACGGUGUGCAACUUGUCCUCGAAUCAGCUGGAGGAGUUUCCGGUGCUGCCCUGCGGAAAGGAGACGCAACAUUUGGCGGAGGUAAACCUGGAGAAAAACCAGAUCAAAGAAAUUCCAGCAACCUUGAUCAAUCAGGCGAGUUUGAAGACGUUGAAUGUGGCCGACAAUAAGAUUGAGUUGGUUCCACAGUUUUUGGUCAAAUGUGCAAAGUUGAAGGAAAUCAAUCUCAAGGAUAACCCUCUGAAGGACAAACGAUUGAAGAAGCUGGUGGAGCAAUGUCGCAGCAAACAGGUCCUGGAUUACGUCGAAAAGAACGGUUACGUUGCUCCGAAAUCCGAAGCGGAAAACAACAUCGAAAACUCCCUUGUGAACGCAGAUCCCACUCCAGAAGAAGUGGAUGUUCGACAGCGAAUCACAAUCAUCAAAGCACCGGAAGAUACUCGAAAAAUCAGCUUCACACCGGAAGCGAAAUCGCUACGACCGCACAUGGCCCAUUGUAUCGUGCGGAACUUCAACGUGGGCAAUAUGAAGAAGUUCCUUCAAUUGCAAAAUGACCUUCAUGACAACGAAUGCGCAAAACGAGAGCUGGCCACCAUCGCUACCCAUGACCUGUCCAAAAUCAAGGGAAAUGUACGCUACCGAGCGGAUCUUGCCGAGCAAAUCGAAAUCACCCCUCUCGGAGGAAAGGCCAAAACCACUGCGGCCAAGUACUACGAUGGAUUGAAGCAACAGGCGGAGAUUAUUCGCAAGGAGAAGAAGCGCAACACCUACUCCGGAGUGUACAAAUUCAUCAACCUGCUCGAAGGCAAAGUGUUCGUUUUCUUCGAUGACGAGGAGAAAGUGAUCAGUCUUCCACCGCUGACGAAUUGCGACGAGACGAAAAUAUCCCCGGACACCAAGGACAUGCUGCUAGAAGUGACCAGUUCCGCGAGCUUGGACGUCUGCCACAAGGUGAUUAUGGCCCUGAUCAAGAAGAUGCUGCUGAUGGAUGUGCAGGUGAGCCGAGCCCAUCCCGAGGGGAAGAAGAAAGGCAAGGGAAAGACCUCAACCACAGUCGUCACGUACGAUAAAUCGACGGAGAUGGUCAUCGAACAGGUCCGAGUGUACGACGCCGAAGGGAACUUCCACUCGGUCUUCCCGGGCAAAGGGGAUUUGGCGUUCCCCGAGGAGGAGAAGAUCGACAUCGAAUUGAAGUAGGAACGAUUUUUACUAAAACAGUGUAGAAGUAGGAACGAUUUUUACACUGUUUUACCUGAAAUAUUUUUUCCUGUACUUUCCCACACGUUUGUUAAAUAACUGAACUGGAUUCCUUUUGUUAACAUUUUGCAACGGAUGCAUACCCAAAGCUACAUUAGUACGAGUACUACAUUAUAAAUGAAGUGUUGCUACAACGAUGCUAAGCAUUAAAUGUUUUUUUCUUACCAUCUCA